AUGAAUAGCGGCACCUUUGUGAGGCGCAAUUUCACCGAGACGGGUAUUCAUGGCUUGCCAUAUUUGAUCCGUAAAGAUUUACACUGGACAGAGCGACUAUUUUGGUUGGGCAUCGUCAUAGCAGCGAGUUACUACUCCAUUUUCCUUUGUCUCGAUCAAAUGAAACGUUUUCGCGAAAAUCCCAUUGUGUUUGCAGCGGAGUUGACCUGGGAUAAGAGAGAUUUCCUCUAUGCCGGGAUAACGAUGUGUAGUGAUUUCCAUAGUGAGUUAGCAGAACGUGAAAUCAUCGAGGAGUGA